UCAAUCAGUCUCAUACAGUUAUUUUCAACCCAAAAACUAAAACAGAAACAGAGAAUAUAUACAAAAAUAUGCAGGCAACUAUGGUACAAGGUGGAAGCCCCAAUAAAUUACCUCAGCAACAUCAAAUGCUGAAAGACAAGCAAGUGAAGGAUUUAAUGGUUGACAAAAGAAGGCUUGUUGAGGUUCCAUAUACUGCCACGCUGACAGACACUAUAAAAACACUGAUGGCUAACAAGGUGGUGGCGGUUCCUGUGGCUGCGCCACCUGGACACUGGAUUGGAGCUGGUGGUUCUAUGAUUUUGGAAUCUGAUAAACAGACUGGUGCUGUGAGGAAACAUUAUAUAGGGAUGGUUACUAUGCUUGAUAUUUUGGCACAUAUUGCUGGAAAUGGUAGUGCUCAUGAUGAUGAUUUGGCGAAAAAGAUGAUGGUCCCUGUUUCUUCAAUUAUAGGACAUUGUCUUGAGAGUCUUAGCUUGUGGACCCUCAGUCCUAACACUAGUAUUGUGGAUUGCAUGGAAGUUUUCAGCAAAGGCAUACACCGAGCCAUGGUACCAGUCGAUGGACAAUCAGAAAACAUAACAUGUGUUAAGCUCACUGAGUCCGCAUCGUGUUAUCGAAUGCUAACACAAAUGGAUCUGCUAAGGUUUUUGAAUGACCAGCAGGAGCUUAAAGCUAUAAUGUCGAACAAGGUCUCAGACAAACAAUUGCAAGCAAUCACAGACACUGUUUUUGGGGUGAUUAAUAAGGCAAAAGUUAUCGAUGUGAUCAAAUGCAUGAGAACAGCUUCGCUCAAUGCAGUACCAAUCGUGGAGUCGUCUGAUGACAUAGAAGAAGAUCAUACUCAGCUUGUUAAUGGUAAGAAGAGGAAGAUUGUAGGAACAUUUUCGGCUACGGACUUGAGAGCUUGUCCUGUACCGCAAAUGCAGCCUCUACUGAAUCUAGAGGUUCUUGAUUUCUUGAAAAUGCUGUCGGGAACACCAUUAUAUGAAUCUACAGGGCUGAGAUCUUCAUGGAGGGAACAAGUGACUUGCCAUCAAGAAUCGUCACUUGGGGAAGUGGUGGAUAAAGUUGUGUCGGACCAUGUACAUCGUGUUUGGGUGGUGGAUGAACAAGGCUUGCUGGAAGGAGUUGUAUCCCUCACUGAUAUGAUAAGAGUCAUCAGGCUCUGGUAUCUUACUGAGUUUUUGCAGUAAUGUGUGCACUGUUUUGCACCCGUUUUUGUUCUGGUUGGUGGGUCGGGUUUUGGUGUAAAUGAAAUGCAAUCCGUUCUAUCAAAUGAUUCGCUAUCGAGAAUCUUUGUUUCUGCGUCUUA